AUGGGGCUCGCCCUGCUCCUGGCUCUGCUCCUCUCCCGAGCCGGAGACCUCCUGGCUCUGCCAAGGAGUAACUGCCUCGCAGCAGAGCAGCUCUGCCUCUCGGACUCCACCUGCAAUGCCACCUACAGGAUACUGGAAAACUGUGCCCUGUCCAGGGCUCGCUUUCUCCCACUGGACCAUGACAGCAGGGUCCGAUGUCUGAACGCAGAGCUAGAGCUCGGGAACAGCUCCUUGCUGCACUGCAAGUGUCACCGGCGCAUGAAGAAGCAGGAACAUUGCCUGCGCGUUUUCUGGACCGUUCACUCCAGCAUGACAGACGGUUAUUUCAAUUUGGAGACUUCUCCCUAUGAGAAUCCAGCAAAUGAAGAGCACUGGAAGACAGAUUAUAAUAAACUGGCUGCUCUGGUAUCAGGCUCACAGUUAGCAGGAGGUGCAACAAAUCCGUGCCUGAAAGCAACUCAUGUCUGUAACCUGAGCAAGAAGUGUGUUCGUCUGCGCACAGACUACGCCUCCAUCUGCACCAGGGGAGCGGGGAGCAAGGACACGUGUGACCGUCGCAAGUGCCACAGAGGGCUCAGGAAUUUCUUUGAGAAAGUCCCUGAAGAUUUCACCAAAAGGAUCCUAUUCUGUCCAUGCCAAGAUGAACUUUGUGGAGAACGACGACGGAAAACCAUUGUUCCUGAUUGCUCCUUCCAGUACAAUACCAAACCCAACUGCCUCUGGCUUCUGGACUCUUGCUUAGAGGACCACAUCUGCAAAUCCCGACUGGCUGACUUUCAACAAAAUUGUCAACCUGCAGACAUGUCUCCAGAUGGCUGCUCUCAGCACAACCAUGCUGCAUGCCUGCAGGCUUACAUGGGGAUGAUUGGCACGCCCAUGACACCCAACUAUGUCAGCAACUCCAGUGUGGAGGUCUCCCUGUGGUGUACGUGUGAGAACAGUGGCAACCAGAAGGAGAAGUGUGACCAGAUAUUUGGCAUGUUUCAGAGCAACAAAUGCCUUGGAAAUACCAUUUGGUCUCAAAUGCACCUGAAGCUGACAGUUCUAAAGGGACAGGAAGACUUAUUUUAUUCAUCUUCCCUAAGCCUCCAAGGAGACAGUGCCAGCACAUCUCUAGCUUCAGAAAUGUUCCAGGUGGCUGAAGGGAAGACACAGCGAGACAUCUCUGCACACAGCAGUAUGCCUAUGGCCUCCUCUGUGUAUUCUGGAGCUGCUGUUUCUUGGCCAUCUCUGGCUCUGCUCCUGACCCUGCUGCUAAGCCCCCUGUAA